AAGAGCAUUUUCAUUGGUGGAUUUGAUGCUGACGUUUGAGGGUUCUGGCUCGGGUGUGCGGCGCAUGCGCACUAGCUCCUUCGGCGGAGAUGAGCCUGAGCCAGCGGUAGGAAUGAUAAUGAUGGUGAUGAUGCUGCUGCGCGGAUACAACAACAUCCAGAAUAAACCCCUGACGCAUCGGCAUGAUAACUGAAACCUAAUAGAAGGGAAGCAGGAGAAUGAGGCCUGUAGAUAAACAAUGGCAGCAGGGGCAGCGGAUGGUGAUUUACGGGACGAUCUUCCUCAUCAUGACCCUCCUCAUCCUCUACAGCUCGAACAGCUCAGCUGAUAUUUACAGCUCCUUUAAAGUCAGUGAGUUUCAUCACACGGUCAAAAACACCAACCUCAAGAAAUGGGCUGGGAAGGAGGGAUAUCUUCCUGUUUACGGCAACAAGAGCAUGAACCUGCACUGCCAUCAGUGUGCAUUAGUGACCAGCUCUAGUCACGUGUUGGGGACUCACGCCGGAGACGAGAUCGACCGUACGGAGUGCGUCAUCCGCAUGAACGACGCUCCGACCUCUGGGUACGCAUCAGACGUGGGGAACCGGACCAGCGUGCGCGUCGUGGCUCAUUCCAGCAUAUUCCGGGUCGUCCGCAAACCUGCGGAGUUCCUCAAUCGCUCGGACAUCUCCGCCAUCAUAUUCUGGGGCCCGUCGUCAAAGAUCGGACGCGACUCGAAGGGAACUCUGUACCGGCUGAUCCAGAGAGUCAGUAUGACCUACACUAACCUGUCCUUCUUCGUCAUCGCGCCCAGCAAAAUGCAGAAGUUUGACACACUCUUUCAGAAAGAGACCGGCAGAGACAGAAAAAAGUCUCAGUCCUGGUUAAGCACGGGCUGGUUUACCAUGGUGAUUGCCAUAGAGAUGUGUGAUAGCAUCAAGGUUUAUGGGAUGGUGCCGCCAAACCAUUGUGGGAAACGCCCUCAGCCCAAACGAAUGCCCUAUCACUAUUACAAACCCAGAGGUCCAGACGAGUGUGUAACGUACCUGCAGAACGAGAGGGGGCGCUGGGGAUCACACCAUCGCUUCAUCACUGAGAAACAGGUGUUCGCGCACUGGGCCAAGCAGUACAACAUCAGCUACGCCCACCCAACGUGGUGAACAACACGUGAGAAAACGAUCCAACACAUCCAGCCUGGUGAGUUGGAUCCAACAUGGUGACCUUCUGAUCCAAAAUGGCUACCAUUUCAAACACAUUGCCUGCUCAGAAACAUUAUCCAGUAUGGCUGCUGGUUUCUCUUUAAUCUGGAAUAGAAACUGAGCCAAAAUGGAGGCUAUUCAGGGAUCCAAGAACAAGGAAGGGAUCUUUGUUUUCCUUUGGAAAAUGAACAGAUGGAACUUUAAUUGUCUUGAGCAUGACAUCUACCUAUUACUGCCAUAAAGUACACCACCUCUUACACCCAUAAUCCAUCAUUUCUCAGAGAAUGGAUGCCUUUUGGAAUGAGAAAUGCUUUGUAUCAGUUGCCAAGUGAAAGAUUCAGUUACAUCUUGUGGUACAAUCAGCACAUCUGAGUGUUAGUCAUGUGAAAAUAUCAGAGUAUCCGAAUGAGAACUGAAACAACUUUACAAGAUUGUUUUAUUUUGUAAAUAAGAACUAUGUAAAUUAUUCCAAAACAAACAGAACAUAUUUUUACAACUUUAUAUGGUUUUAAAAUGCCCUAAACCAAACAAUAUUACAAUAAACUAUUAAAAACACUUUUUAAACAACCAAGUAAAAGGUUAUUUUAAAUCAUAGUGUUUUUGGGAAGCUGUUGGAAUGGAGUUGUUUAUGCCUUUAUUAUCUAAAAACAAUAAAUAUAGUAAUGAUAAUAAUUAAAACAUCCACUACAAAGACAUGUCCGGGUCAUUUUUCACCACAAAAUUAAAAGAAAAAAUAAGAAAAUCUAUUAAUCCCGGGUGUACAGGAUCUAGAAGCAUUCAUGUUUUGCAUUAUGAUAAUUUUAAUGAUCCAGUUCUCAAUACUGAAAUGUUGAAAUUGAUUUCAAUUGUACAGUAUGUGUACAUGUUGUAAAGUAUUGUCAUAUUUGUUGCACUGAAUGUAAUAUAUGCUGAUUUAAAAAACAUUGUGUCCAUAUAUUAUGAUUUUCAUUACUGUAUUAUUAUACUGGAGUGUUAAUAUCAACUAAAACUAUUAAAAAUUAUCAUUAAUUGAAAUAAAGCUGAAAUAAAAUAAAAGUAUUAAAGUAUUAAAUGAGAUCUGUAGAUUAAAAAAUAAAAUAAGCUGAAGUACUAAAAUGACUAAAACUGAAAUAAACUAAACCCAAAUAAUUUAAAAAAACAAUAAUAUUGACAAAAGCACAUAUUGACAAUAUUGAAUACAUUGUCAUAUUUGUUGCGCUGAAUGUAAUAUAUGCUGAUUUAAAAAAAAAAAACAUUGGUGUCCAUAUAUUAUGAUUUUAACUAAAACUAUUAAAAAUCAUUUUCAUUGAUUGAAAUAAAGCUGAAAUAAAAUAAAAGUAUUAAAUGA